UCAUCUUCACCUUCAUCUUCAUCUUCACCUUCAUCUUCACCUUCAUCUUCAUCUUCACCUUCAUCUUCAUCUUCACCUUCAUCUUCACCUUCAUCUUCACCUUCAUCUUCAUCUUCACCUUCAUCUUCAUCUUCACCUUCAUCUUCACCUUCAUCUUCAUCUUCACCUUCAUCUUCAUCUUCACCUUCAUCUUCACCUUCAUCUUCAUCUUCACCUUCAUCUUCACCUUCAUCUUCAUCUUCAUCUUCAUCUUCACCUUCAUCUUCAUCUUCACCUUCAUCUUCAUCUUCAUCUUCAUUUUCAUCUUCAUCUUCAUCUUCACCUUCAUCUUCAUCUUCACCUUCAUCUUCACCUUCAUCUUCACCUUCAUCUUCAUCUUCAUCUUCAUCUUCAUCUUCACCUUCAUCUUCACCUUCAUCUUCAUCUUCACCUUCAUCUUCAUCUUCACCUUCAUCUUCACCUUCAUCUUCACCUUCAUCUUCAUCUUCACCUUCAUCUUCAUCUUCACCUUCAUCUUCACCUUCAUCUUCACCUUCAUCUUCAUCUUCAUCUUCAUCUUCAUCUUCACCUUCAUCUUCAUCUUCAUCUUCACCUUCAUCUUCAUCUUCAUCUUCAUCUUCACCUUCAUCUUCAUCUUCACCUUCAUCUUCAUCUUCACCUUCAUCUUCAUCUUCAUCUUCAUCUUCACCUUCAUCUUCAUCUUCAUCUUCACCUUCAUCUUCACCUUCAUCUUCAUCUUCAUCUUCAUCUUCAUCUUCACCUUCAUCUUCAUCUUCAUCUUCAUCUUCACCUUCACCUUCAUCUUCAUCUUCAUCUUCAUCUUCAUCUUCACCUUCAUCUUCAUCUUCAUCUUCAUCUUCAUCUUCAUCUUCAUCUUCAUCUUCAUCUUCAUCUUCACCUUCAUCUUCAUCUUCACCUUCAUCUUCAUCUUCAUCUUCAUCUUCAUCUUCAUCUUCACCU